AUGGAAUUAUUCGGGCAGUCUGGGAAAAGCCAAUCGUCAACGCAGACUGGAGACGACGAUCUCAAUGAGGAGACUCAGACUGAGGAUUCUGUUACUGAGACGAAAUGGACACAACAUCCAGCUCAAGACGAUUUCGGAUGGGGAGCAGAAAGCAGCUCCUCUGUUAACUUAAAUACGAGAGAGGACGAAGAAAUGGCAAUGUUUCGGGAAAAUCACCUCCAAAACCCACGUUUGAAGCAGUUUAUGGAGUCAGCUGGGCAGGUUGUUAUGGACUUGAUCUCCUCAAGGCACAAAUCGUCGAGUGCCACGAUGAUGCGCCAGAAGACUGCUCUUGCCUUCAGUUCAGGUUACAACUCCUACGAACUUGGACCCAUCUCUCAGUGUUACAACUCCUACGAACUUGGACCCAUCUCUCAAUGUGAGUGUAGCUCUAUCACACUAUUUCUUUGAUA